CGCCUGCGUUUCUUUCGCGAGGAGUCAUGUUGCCGAUUGCCGGCGGACGGCUCGACGCCGCGAUUGGCCGACGGCCACCGCGUACUGGGCGAGGUGACGAAAUCCCCCGUGCCCGCCGCAGUCGCCGCCCUAUCCCUCCUAGGCUUUCUCCUCCAGGAGACGAGAGCUGAUCCCCACCAUCGAAUUCGAAUCCAAGGCCCCUUGCUGCGCCGUCGCCAGAUCUACACUCGCCAUGAGCUCGACGGGUGAUACACCCCCAUUUCUCUUCUCCACGGAGAUGCUCCAGUGCAGUGCGCCACACGAUCUUGCCGAGCUCGUGCUUUGCAAGCUUGAGGGGAGCGGCGGCGUCUGGGCGCUCGCGUAUCUGCAGAUCGGCUCGUUCUUUACGGCCCUCAUCUUGGGCUGGCAUGCGAGCAAUGUGGUACAAUACUAGGCAAAAGUGCAGAACAACAGUUUGGCUUGCUAUGUUUUAUUGCGGGCAUAGACUCUGCUCACCAUGAGCAACGAUUGGUUAUUUGGCUUGCUGCUACCAGUGGUUCUCUUCGUAUUGGUUUGUGCAGGAGUGAUUUUGAUAAUGAAAGUAAGCAGAAGUUGCUCUGUCAGGAUUUUAUCUGAUGCAUUUCCCAAACAGACCAAUCCAGGUGGAGAAGAGAAUGCGACGUCGUGGGAAGCUUGUUGAUGACAGGUGGUGGGAUGAAGUAAUGAUUGCCAACUCGUAUGCCCUGCUCAUUGGUUACCUGUCCAUGGCCGUCAAGGGCCUGGGUUUUCUGGUGCUUACUUGGACCACCGUAGUUCUUCUGGGUGGCUUCGUCUCUACACUGCAGAAGAAGGAUUUUUGGUGUCUUACCUUCAUUACCCUAGUACAGACAGCUGGGAUCUUCGAUGUUCUUCUAACUGAAAAGCUGAGCUAUAUUGGCAAAUCAAUCUGGGCUGUUUUAUUACCCCUGUCUGUUGACAACCUUUUGCAGCGUAAAUGCUGGGUGCUAGCAGAAUUUGCAACGAUUGUUCAAGUAGUAGUAUUUGCCAUUCUAUUGUGCCCUCUGGAAGCUGUCUACAUGUUUGGGUUGUUAAUCUCCACGGGGAUUUCGAUGUGGCGUCUGAGACAGCAUGAUUACGGGAGUGAUGCUGACGGACUAGGAAACCUGAAGCCGGCGCUGGACGUCUUGUAUUCCAUUGCUGUAUUCCAGGGUGUGAUUUUCUGCUACAAAACCUUAUUUGGUUUUGCAAAGGGAUCUGUAGUGAAUACAGUACUUGAAAGAAUGAAGUUUGGGAAUCAGGUUCGUGUUGGAAUCUCGGACUACUUACUUGAAACGACAAUCGGAUGUGAAAAGAACCCGUCGUUCGCUGGAGGAAGAAACCUCGUCUCAUAUGCUGUGGACCUCAUGGGGUCUAAGUUACCUGAUGACUAUGUUUCCGGGUUAAGGAUCCUGGAUGCAUUCACCAGACGAAUGAAGAUAUCUGCCAAGGGUUUUGAAGAAAUAAGUAUCUUUUUCACUAGGAGGAAAUUGAAGAUGUUCGUGCAGGAGCACAUGCUCAUGAAGUAUCUGAUCAUGUCUGCAUCCUCUACUGACUUACUCCAGAAACUGCUGCAGACGUUAGGCUCCAGUAGUAUAUAUGACAGAGAGACGAGGGGGUGCGCUGCGAGGAUUGUGGCCCAGAUUGCUGCAGGCAUUCGUUUGGAGGAGAUCCCAACGGGGGUUGUUUACAUAUUUUCUCUCAUCAACUCAUUCGAAACAUACAGUUUACUCCAACCAUACCAGGUAGAGUGGGCACAAGAGACAUUCGAAAAAAAUUGGUACAGUAUGGCUCGCCAUCUGCAGUCACCAGAUCUUGAUAGCAAAGAGGACAGUCAUGAAGAGCGAGGGGACAGUGAUGGUGAACUUUUUAACGCCUACAAGGAUUUAAUGGAGCAAGGUUUUUGUAUCAUUCGGAAGCUCGCAACCAAUAAUGACAAUUGCAGAAUCAUGCUCGACACCCCAUGCCUGCUCCAAAAGAUCAUGGCGCCUGUGACCUCCGACCUACUCCACCAAAUAGAUCAUGGUGCAUGGCAUGGCAUAGUAGAGGGUUCAAUGAAAGCGAUUAUGUGGCUCGUGGCUGCUACUGGGCAGACCGGCACCAAGCUGCGUAGCAAAAUCUCAAGCAGUAAGGAAGCGAUCAGCACCAUGGAGAGGAUUCUUGACUGUGAAGAAUGCGAUGAAAAGCUGCAGCAACAUGUUAUUCUGGUUCUCAGAGACCUAUACAUGGAUACAUUUUGAUACUGGAGAAUGCAAACAGAGAAAAAUUUAUAGAGAUGUUGGUAGACAUUAUGACUGAUGAUAACAAGGGCAAGGACGACAGACAGGUGGCAGCAUCUCAAGCACUGGUGACUCUAUGUUCCAAAACUGAAACGGGUGCCAGGAUUAUCAUUAAGGCAAAUGAUAAUGUUGUUAAUAAUCUCACUGUGAUGAUCACUGAAAACCGUAAAGCCCGAUUAUUUGCAGCAAAAAUCCUGGAAUACCUCUGCAUUCAUUGCACCAGUGAUGAUGAAAGUCUCAAAAGGCUAAUGAAAGUCAUGGCAGAUGUAGUUCCAAAGGUGCUUGGGGAGAUAAUUUGUUGGGCAUCAGAAGAAAAAGGUACAGGAAUAGAAGCUGACCAAGUCAAGUCCACGGAACCAGUAACUGAUCUUGAAAACCAAUCUAGUGUGUCACAAGAUAAUGGCCAGGGCAACAACUCGUCUUCUAAUCAGCAAGACUGGAAGCUGAACGAGUAUGUGGUGAGUUGCUUGUUAUCCCUUUGUGUCACAGUGUGCGACAUGUUGAUCAGUGCAGAUCAGGACUUGACUCCUCAGUUUGAAUCAACUACCCCUAUGGAUGGUGUAUCUAGCUUCCCAAUGAAGCUCAAGCAGAUUGUAGGAAAAAAUAUGCAUCACAGGUCUGACCGCCUGGCAAUUCUGAAGCUUACAUGUAAGAUGGUCAUAUCAAUGAUGAAACACAGGGGCAGCUAUGUCAAGGAAGACCUGCAAAGUUUGAUGGAUACACUGUCCACCGCUUCGAAAGAUAUGUUUCUUAUUGAUGGCUCCAUGGUUUUUGACAUUAAGGAAGAUGGUGGCGGUGCAACGAAGCCGGAGCCUUUCAGGAGUCUCGUUUCCCUUGUGAAAGAAGCACAGGAACUGGUGAACAAAAGAAAUGAACUUUGAUGUUGAAACUUUAUCAUUGGGGAACCCUGUUUAAGUUGGAACUUAUUAUUCACCUUCUGUCGGUAGCCUUCAUGUAUUGUGAGUUCAUCUGUAUACCAUCUUUGAAACUUUGUGAGUAUUGCCCGAAUA